CAAAAGAAGGCGAAAGAUACGCUGUGUGCGAGCUGUUUGCUGGAAAAGUGGAAAUUGAUAGAUUUUUCGCUACAUCGUUUAUGUAACUUCAUCUUUUCCACUGAGGUAACUUCGUUGUAGCCUAGUUGGACUGAUCAUAGACUAUAUGCCCACAUUGCGCUUUGCUCUGUGAAGAUGGUGAGUGUUCCGGGCGCAAAUGUUCAUCAGGACGGGGAGACUGUAGCCUGGGAACCGAGGGGACAUGAGGAGGAGAGCAAUGCGGCGAUGGAAGCUCGGUGUAGGGCUAGUGAUGAGAAAGCUGACGGGUGGAGGUCUCAGGGAAUCGUCUGGAGAAACGUUAUCCUCAUGGCCCUUCUGCACAUCGGGGCGGUAUAUUCCCUCCUUGUUAUCCCCAGAGCAAAGCCCCUUACCUGGGUCUGGUGUAAGUUUUAUCUGCCGGAGACAAAGAACUUGACUUGUGUAUCAUAGCGUGCUUGUGUAACUUCUGGAAAUUACCAUUGCAGACGCAGUCACUCGGUGCAAGCAGGUGCCGUGCCACUGCAUACGUGAUGAGAUAGAUGCAUGUAUAGCCUAUUGAAUGUCGUUUACGCAUCCUACUCCCAAAGUUAGCUAUUUAUGUUUUUUUUUAAACAUUUAUGAGUAGGCUUAACAAAGGAGAUGCCAUAACUAUAAAUAGUGAUUAUUAUUGUGCAUGUGAAUUUAAUUUGCCUUAACAGAAAGGCAUAUUGUGUUUUUUCAAUGUUAUAGAGCAGAGUUACCUGUUUUGUUACACUGUAACUAUCAGCUUUUUUAGAGACAGUAAUUCCUCUGAUUUCAUAACUAAAAGGUAUUCUCAUGUAAGAGAUGUUUCAUCCAAGUCAACUAAUAUGUGCAUUUAUUGGUGUAUAUAUGUUUUUGCUGUGAGAGCUUUUGAGAUGACAAUUGAACAGCUUGAACAGAUUGUGCCUUUAAAAUGUAAUGGCAUCAAGUACUCUCCAUGUCAGAAACAGCAGGCAUCUGAAUUGGGGGACUCACUAUACAACCAGGGUCUUGUUUUAUAAGCAUUUCUAAAUUAAACCUGUUUCAUAUAAAGUGAGGAAGUGUAUUGAUUACCUAAAAUAUGAAUAUAUGGUAGGCAAUAUCCAGAACUAAUUAAAAAUAAUAAUUUAAAAUCAAGUUGUGUUAUCCUCUGCCAAAUGACCAUGUUAUUAUUAUUGGCUACAUCCUCAUGUUUAACUAUUAAGAUAUUAAUUGAGGGAUUACCAUCUGUCAUUUGUUUCUUUUCUUGGAAAGCUUUGAAGCUGGACCAGUCACAGUGUGAAGCUGGACCAGUCACAGUGUGAAACUGGACCAGUCACAGUGUGAAACUGGACCAGUCACAGUGUGAAGCUGGACCAGUCACAGUGUGAAGCUGGACCAGUCACAGUGUGAAGCUGGACCAGUCACAGUGUGAAGAUGGACCAGUCACAGUGUGAAGCUGGACCAGUCACAGUGUGAAGCUGGACCAGUCACAGUGUGAAGCUGGACCAUUCACAGUGUGAAGCUGGACCAGUCACAGUGUGUCUGGCCCUCUAUGGACAGUGUGUGUCCCUCUCUGGAUGACCCAGACAGACACAUAGUGAUGCUCAGUUCCUAGAAUCAAUUCCAUGAGACACCAGACAGCACAGUUUUCCAAGUGGAACCCUUUUCAUUAGUCUAGUCAUUAAUCGUUUGAACAGAGGGGACACUAUUUUUAGCUGCAUAGCCUCCAGUAUAUGAGGCCACAUCAGAGACGGAAGAGGAAGUGAGACACCCCACUCGCUGUAUUUUUUUUCCCCCAGUUUUUUUUCUUCUGGUUCAAUGAAUGUCAAUUAACUAAGUAGACCAGACCCAGCUGCUAUAAACACACACCCAUUUAAGUAGACCGGAACUGACACAUUUCUUUCAAUGACAAACUGCCUGAGUGAACUCUUCAUUUAUCGACCAUGUAUGGCCACAUUAUUCAAAAGCACCUAUUUUUGUGACCUGGGUGCCAGACAGAGAGAUUUGGUUGAGCCUAAACUCUCAGCCUGGUAUCCCCCUGUAACAUGUAUUACACUGCUGACCCUGCCUCUCUUGCAAAACAGAUUUCAUCUCAUUGAGACUAAUCUACACUGAGCAAAAAUAUAAACGCAACAUGUAAAGUGUUGGUCCCAUUUUUCAUGAGCUGAAAUAAAAUAAGUGAACAGAGUGCCCCAUGGUGGCGGUGGGGUUAUGGUAUGGGCAGGCAUAAACUACGGACAACGAACACAAUUGCAUUUUAUUGAUGGCAAUUUGAAUGCACAGAAAAACCGUGAAGAGAUCCUGAGGCCCAUUUUUUAAAAGGUAUCUGUGACUGACAGAUGUGCAUAUCUGUAUUCCCAGUCAUGUGAAAUCCAUAGAUUAGGUCCUAAUUUAUUUAUUUUAAUUGACUGAUUUCCUCAUAUGAACUGUAACUCUGUAAAAUCUUUGAAAUUGUUGCAUGUUGCAUUUAUAUUUUUGUCCAAUAUAGAUAGAUACAGUGACUAUAUAGAAAGUCUACCCCCCCCCCCAUUUUGUCAACGAUCUACACAAAAUACUUUGGAAUGUCAAAGUGGAUGAAAAUACCUUGAUUAGAUAAGUAUUCACCAUUUCGCCUGUGCUUAGCUCCAACCAGUUUCUUUUCAUCCUGAAAAUCUCCCGUCUUUGCCGAUGUAAAUCAUACCCAUACCAUGAUGAUGUGUUGUGUUCGAUUUGCCCCAAACAUAAGGCUUUGCAUUUAGGCCAUAAAGUGUAUUCCUUUGCAGUGUUUUUUUUGUUGCAGUAUUACUUUAGUGCCUUGUUGCAUACAUAUGCAUGUUUUGGAAUAUUUAUAUAUUUUUGCUCUGGUGUGUAACAGGCUGGCAUUCACCCUUUCGGUUUUUAAAUGACCCUGUUGUGUUUUCUGGUAUGUGUGUUGCAGCCUAUGUGUGUUUCAUUGUGACAGCCCUGGGGGUGACAGCAGGGGUCCAUCGGCUGUGGAGCCACCGCUCCUACAGGGCCAAGCUCCCUCUCAGAGUCUUCCUCGCAGCAGCCAACUCCAUGGCCUUCCAGGUUAGUUCAAGUUCAUUUUAUUAUUAUUUUUUAUUCACAUUAAGUGAUGAAUGCAUACAAUAAUAAAACUAGAACAGCAACCUAGCAACCCCUCAGCAUCCAACCAUAUCAACAGGAUGUAACAACAGGGUUUACCAAUUUUCCAAAUCAAAUACAGUAGAAGUACCUCUCCUCCUGUAUUCUACUCUUCCUCAUUUCUCAAGUGUCCUCCAUCCCUCUCUCCCUAAGCUGUUGACAUCCCCUGAAGAUAUUAGUGGGAAUCACUCUAGAGAACCUUCAUAAACCAUAAAGCACAGGAAUGAAGAUAACCUCAAUGUAGUAUUGCUGGUCUUUCUGCCCUUUUAGACACAUUAAAGACAUCACAAUUUGUUUAUUACAUUUCAAAACAGAUGGAUAUUAAUUAUUUACUUGUACUUCUACAAAUCAAAAGCUAUUUUUUCUUUCAGAGGCGGCAGGUAGCCUAGCGGUUAGAGCAUUGGGCCAGUAACCGAAAGGUUGCUGGUUCGAAUACCCGAGCCGACAAUGUGAAAAACUGCCGAUGUGCCCUUGAGCAAGGUACUUAACUCUCAUUUGCUCCAGGGUUGCCAUACUAUAAUAAUAAUAUGCCAUUUAGCAGACGCUUUUAUCCAAAGCGUGCAUAAUUUUUUUUUUUGUGUAUGGGUGGUCCCGGGGAUCGAACCCACUACCUUAGCGUUACAAGCGCCGUGCUCUACCAGCUGAGCUACAGAGGACCACACUACUAUGGUUAACACUGUGAAACAACAACUAUAGACAAACUGACAGCUAUAAACCUCCCCUCUGGAACCCAUGACUGCAUUUGAUCUGAGUUUCAGGUUAAUGAAUCUAAUUAAGUGCCUGUGCUCUCAGUCUCCUCCCAGGACCUGAAAUAUAUUACACCACUGGUUUCUAAUUAUGACAGAGCAAUAGGGCCAUCUAAAGCAGGGAGACUAUGGCUGAUGUGGGCAGUCUCCUGGACAGAAAGGAUAGUGGUGUUGUCAUGACUACCCAGGUGCACUGUGAGAGACUUCACAAUACUUCUCUUCACAAAUAAAUCAUGAAUGUCCUCCAGAAACUGAAUGUCCUCUUUAUGGAAAAUUUGCCUGAAUGCAGGAUUUAAAAAGUUCAUUUCACACAUUUCCACACAUCUUUUUCCUCCUCUCUCCUCCCCAGAAUGACAUCUAUGAGUGGGCGAGAGACCACCGUGUGCACCACAAGUUCUCAGAGACAGAUGCAGACCCCCACAAUGCAACACGAGGCUUCUUCUUUGCUCACAUUGGCUGGCUGUUUGUGCGUAAACACCAUGCUGUCAUCGAGAAGGGAAAAAAGCUGGACGUCACUGACCUCUUGGCUGAUCCCGUCGUCCAGUUUCAGAGAAGGUGGGUCCACUGCCCCAUUUCACAUUGACCUCUAGCUCUAGCCCUGUUUGAUUGAUCAGAACACAACAGCACCCUAGCUUUGCACUUGUCUUCCUGUGAGUCAGGAUUCCCCAACUGGCGGCCCGUGGGUGGUUUUAUUUGGCCCCCCAAGUUUACUGAACAAAACAAUUUUAAUUGUUGGACAUAAAAGACUGUAAAAAAACACCAGUAAAUCAGCUCCAAGUGAUUUUAAUUUAAGAAAUCUGUUCCCAAGUAUUCCCACCCAUAAUAGAGAGAUUAUGUAGAGACAAAUGUAAGCAAGGUUUGAAAUUAAUACGUUUUAGUCAAACAUUAAAUUUGUUUGGGCUUCUUGCGGUCAAUUUGCAGUCUACAAAUUGUUUGUAAUUAUGUUCCGGCCCCCUGACCAUCCGCUCAAGGAAAAAUCGGCCCGCGGCUGAAUCUAGUUGAUAAUCCCUUCUGUAAGUCAUAAAUUACUCUGAAUAAGCCCUAUGAGAUAUUCUGCUCCUCUCAUCUCAUCUCCUCUCCUCUCAUUUCCUCUCCUCUCCUCUCUGCUCCUCUCAUCUCAUCUCCUCUCCUCUCAUUUCCUUUCCUCUCCUCUCUGCUCCUCUCAUCUCCGUUCCUGUUACCCAUCACCUCUCCUUUUUCUCUUCUUCUCUCCUCGCCCUUCCUUUUGACUCUAUUAUUUCCCAGGUACUAUAAGACCUCUGUCCUGAUAAUGUGCUUCCUGGUUCCCACCGUGGUUCCCUGGUACUUCUGGGGCGAGACGCUGUGGAACUCCUACUUCCUGGCGUCCAUCUUGCGUUACACCGUCUCGCUCAACGUCACCUGGCUGGUGAACAGCGCCGCCCACAUGUACGGGAACCGACCGUACGACCAGAACAUCAGCCCCCGCGAGAACCGCUGGGUCACCUUCGGAGCCAUCGGUGAGUCUGGCUAUGACCUGUAAUAACAUGUUAUUAACUCAUAAACAACUUAUUCUACUGUAGUGUGUCAUAAUGUUGUUAUAUCUAUGGUCACUCAUUUACUGCUUUUACUUUGUAAGAUUCAAAUGAAUGGAUUGAAAUGACUGGAAUUGUAUGCAAAAGAAUACAUAUAACAUUUGUACUUCCACCUGUCCCCCAUCCUCAUCCCCCUAGGUGAAGGUUUCCAUAACUUUCACCACACGUUCCCCUUUGACUACUCUACCAGUGAGUUCGGCCUGCGUUUCAACCCCACCACAUGCUUCAUCGAUCUCAUGUGCUGGAUGGGCCUGGCCAGCAACCGCAAGAAGGCCUCCGUGAAAAUAAUACAGGCCAGGAAACUACGGACAGGGGAUGGGAGCUACGGGGCAGUCAACACUACACAAGAGAAAGAAGCAUGA